AUGACGUCCAGAAAUGACGCUCCUGCUGAUAAAAAUGUCGGUAAAGAAAAUUGUAAAGAAAAUGUGAAUAACGAAUGUGGAAAAAUGGCGACACGAACGGUUGUUGUGAGCGAAGUUCUCUAUUUUUUGUCGAACAAUUUUUUACAUUUUAAUAGUGAAACAUUUAUUUGCAAUGUAUCGGAGUUUUAUUCUAAUGACGAUUUAGCUAUUGCUUUAAAACUACUGAAAAUUGAAUUGGAUAAUUUAAAAAUUGAUAAAUUUGAUGAUAAAUUUUUUUCACGCUGUCUGCAUAGGCGUGAUAAAUUAAUUGCUUGUAUUACAGUUCUUAACCAUUUAAAAGUUGAGAAUUGUCUGGAUAAAUGUCCCAUGUUUGCAAGUGUAAAUUUGACUAAAAUUCCUCAUUUUGAAAACGUUAUUAAAUUAAAUUUCAAUAGUUUGAGGGAAGAGAUAAAGGACAUGAUUUCUACACAACAGAAUAAAAUGUUGCAAAGACUUGAUGUUCACAGCAUCAAAAUAUCUACACUGAAUGAAAAAAUAAACAAAUUACCUUUUAAUAAUUCUGUGUGGGCUCCUUCUAAAAUGAAAAAAUGUUCAACUCCUAGUGAAUCUGAGAUCAGUUUACAAAAAACAUCUGUUUCUAAACCCUGGGUGGGCAUUCCUAUUUCUCAGUUAUCCAAUUCAGAUAAAGAUGUUAAAAUUGAAAAAAACUCAAAUCUAGAUUCUGUUUCUCAUGUUGAUAAAAUUGAAUUUCCUAGUUUAAUUCAAGAUUCCAAUAAUAAUAAUAAUAUGAACUCUGGUGCUGAGGAUAGUGAUGCUGGGUUUCAAAAUGUCACAAUCAGACGUAGAGGUACUAAACGACCCCAAGUUAAUUGUUUACCUCAGGCUAAUAAAAUUAAACAUAAAAAAACUAAUAUCUCCAGAGUGGUUGGAACCUUGGCUGACUCUGAGAUUUUCAGUUCCAAAUUAAAAGGUAUUGAGAAGCGCUGUGUGCUUUAUCUGGGAAAGAUUGCUCCUUGCUCCAAAGAGGAUGUUGAAGAACAUCUAUCUAACUUUAACAUAGACUUUAUUACUGUCAAUCCUACUGGUUCAAAGAAAAUUUCUAAUCUAUCCACUAAAGUUUCUGAGAAUUCAAAGAAACUUUGUGAUAAUUCCUCUAAUAUUACUGUUGAUCCUAAUGGUACAAUGAAAACUUCUGAUCAAUCUUCUGAAAAGUCAUCUGUUUUAAGCUCUGCUUUCAGAAUCUGUAUACUGGAAAGUCAGAAAGAUAAAUUUUUCAACUCAGAUAUAUGGCCUCGUCAUGCUAUUGUCAGAGACUGGAUUUUUAAAACCAAGGACAACAAUUCUGUUAAUCAUGGCUGA